UCUCUCUGAUCUGGUCUGCUGAAGCUGAUGGCAGACCAUGGGGCCGGAACUAUUAGGCCCACCAGCAAAAGGAAGAAAGUGGUGGGUAAAUAGGAAGUAGAGGGUACGGGAUCUUCUACGUAAACCGAAGCAGAGAUGCAGAAGAUCCAUUUCGUCCAUCUUCGCGAUCACAACUCCUUAAUUAUGCUUCGGUGACUGGUCCCAGCGUGUAAUUGAAAGGAUGAAAUGGAAAGCAGAUGCUGGAGCUCCACGCUGGCAGGCACUUACUCAAAAUCUUUCCUUGUGUGAUUGGAUGAAUGAAAGUGAUGCAGCAAGGGAAAGGGUCAAGGUGAGGAUUCUGGACAAGCGCGCCGAUGUUGGCAGGCUUGCUAUUGCUGAAGGAACGAGACUCGAGUAUGGAGAGGAUGUAUUGACCACUUUUUCUUGGGAAGGAAAAUCACGUGUGAUCUGGGCAUUGGAAAAACUUUACUUGUCGAUGGUCAAGUGCUUGCCACUCUUAGGAACACCAUUCUGUGUUAAGCCACCUGGUCGGGCUCAAUAG